AUGCCGACAUGCAGCCGUAAUCGGGCCAUUUGCGCGGUGCCGCAAUGUAGCCGAGGCUCAGUCAGCCGACUAUGCCGACAUGCAGCCGUUAUCGGGCCAGAUGCGGAGUGCCGCAAUGUAGCCGAGUAUCAGUCAGCCGACUAUGCCGACAUGCAGCCGUUAUCGGGCCAGAUGUGGGUUUUAAAAGACAGCACUGUGUAUCAACACUUCAGUAUGGACCACAUAGAACCCGAUCCUCUGAGUAUCUACUAUGCCGACAAUGUCACUCUUAACAUCACAUCUUUCAACAUGAACACAACGGGCUUUGCGCAGAUCAUAAUCCCCCAAGAAUUGUUUCUAAUGCUGGGCUUAAUAAGCCUAGUGGAAAACAUCUUGGUUGUAGCAGCCAUCAUCAAGAACAGGAACCUGCAUUCUCCCAUGUACUACUUCAUCUGCUGCCUUGCCGUGUCUGACAUGCUGGUCAGCGUCAGCAACGUGGUGGAGACGAUGUUUAUGCUGCUGACAGAGCAUGGCCUGCUCAGCGUGACAGCCAGAAUGCUGCGCCAUUUGGACAACGUUAUUGACAUAAUGAUCUGCAGCUCUGUGGUGUCCUCUUUAUCCUUUCUGUGCACCAUUGCCGCUGACCGGUAUAUCACCAUAUUCUACGCGCUGCGCUACCAUAGUAUAAUGACUACACAACGUGCUCUUGCUAUUAUAGUGAUUGUUUGGCUGACCAGCAUCACAUCGAGCACCCUGUUUAUCGUUUACCACACAGACAAUGCUGUCAUCGCCUGCUUGGUGACCUUCUUCGGCAUCACGCUUGUUUUCACAGCAGCGCUCUAUCUCCACAUGUUCAUUCUGGCACACGUGCACUCCAGACGCAUCAUGGCUCUUCAUAAAAACAGACGUCAGGCUACUAGUAUGAAAGGCGCCAUUACGCUGACCAUUCUUCUGGGUGUUUUUGUAAUUUGCUGGGGUCCAUUCUUUUUGCACCUGAUCUUAAUUAUGACGUGUCCCACGAAUCCUUACUGCAAGUGCUAUUUUAGUCACUUUAACCUUUUCUUGAUUCUCAUCAUAUGUAACUCUCUUAUAGAUCCUCUGAUAUAUGCAUAUCGGAGUCAAGAGCUGAGAAAGACACUUAAGGAACUUAUUUUGUGUUCUUGGUGCUCUAAUAUGUAA